GAGCCGCGCCUAGGGCCUGGGAGGGCACCAGGGGGCCGGUCGCAGGGCCUGGGGCAAUGCGGGGAGGUGCCUAAAGCCCCUAGGCCCGGGGGUCCCAGGGCGACGUGGGACAGGAGGGUUGAUGCCUCCACGCCCCCGUCGCCACCAAGCGUUUCUAUAGCCCCAUAAACGUACGCUGUGUGUUACACAACCCAGAACAAAAUGCACUAUGUGCCCCAGAGCGCUACAAAGCCAUCAUAGACUCAGAGCCAUGUUGGAUUUCUGUUGCCCUGUUCUCCCUGCCAGAAGGCAGCUCGUUGUGGGGGUGACAUCUGCCCCAGACAGGAAGCAACAGCUGGAGCAGUUCUUGAGCUCAGUUGGAGGAGAGACAAUGGCCCAGGAGACUAAUCAAACACAGGUGCCUAUGCUGUGUACCACCGGCUGUGGAUUCUACGGCAGCCCCCGGACCAAUGGGAUGUGCUCAGUUUGCUAUAAAGAGUAUCUACAGAGGCAGCAGAGCAGUGGCCGGAUAAGCCCCCCAGCAGCAAGUGGUCCCAGCAACAGUCCCGCAGCUUCAGAUUCCAUCCCAGGACAGGGCACAGAGGGAGACCCGACGCCUGAAGAUGUGAAAACCAGCACUCAGACUCCUGUGACCCAUCAGAUGACGGCCAUGAGCAUAUCCAGAGAGGAAACUAGCAGCGAGACAGUCGGAUACAUUAGCACAGACGAAACCUCAUCGGCAUCUUCCUCAUCAGAGACCCUCCUUGAAAUAUCCCAGAACUCCGCUGAGGGUGAGAAGACUUCAGAAAAACCCAAACAGAAAAAGAAUCGCUGUUUUACUUGCCGGAAGAAGAUCGGGCUAACUGGUUUCGACUGCCGCUGCGGGAACCUGUUCUGUGCCAUCCACCGGUACUCUGACAUGCACAGCUGCCCGUAUGACUACAAGGCGGAGGCGGCCGAGAAGAUCCGCAAGGAGAACCCCAUUAUUGUGGCAGAGAAGAUCCAGAAGUUGUGAAGGAAGCUGAGCAUUGAGUACUUGAGCCUUGUGGCGUGGCACUCCUCCCACUCCCGUUCCCUUCCCCCCCACGGUGUCUGGGAUCCUGCCAGGAGGCGAGGAGACUCAGCAACCCCGUGGCUCCUUUCUCCCCACUUCUUUUCCUCUACCCGUCACUCAGUUGACGUGUUUUUAACCCGUUUUCAACCAGAAAAGGGAUCUGCACCUACCCCGCCCGCCCCCCUGUUAAGAGCUUUGGACUUGUCUUCCAGCAGGGCUGGGCACACAGCUCACGGCGUGGAGGAGUUCAGCAGCCCUUCCGUUCUGUCUGUGCGACAGCCCCGGGCUUUGCAAACAGGAGCCUGCUGUGAGCAUUGGUGAGUCACUGCAGCACCUUGCUCAGCAGCAAACGUCAUCUCCUCGCCCACUGAGGCUCCCAUUUGGGCUCAGACACAGAACAAGGAUUCUGUCCCGUUACAGCUCUGAGUUUUCCCCCUUCCCCUUAAGCAGCGGUCGGUGUCGCGACAGAAUCGUGAAGCGGCGGCGGCUGGUGCAGCAGAAGGAGCUCGUGGCUCGCGGAUGCUGCAGCCAAACGUGAGCGUUACACCCAUGAGCCAGGAACGUUAAGGAAAAACCCACAAAUGCCUCUUGCCCUUCCCCAGGCUUUGUGGGAUGCUGGGCUCAGCGGCGGGGGCUGCUUUCAAUGCUCCGGCGGGACGCCCGGCGCUAGCCUCGUGUUUCAGACUCGCCCAUGUGCAGUUGUUGGCUGCUUACCGAGCAAGGCCGAUUGUAGCCCCACCGAAGCUCACGCGCCAAUAACUCCCUUCCGCCCCUCCCACUCUUUACCUUCUGCCUUAUUGUGUGAUUCUCUCUUAUCAGGGUUGUGCGCAAAACUCAGACCAGCAAUCCUCCUCCUCCUCCUCCUCCCUUUGCUGCACGCAUGCAAAUCUCAGAGAGCUCUGUCCUCCCUCCAGGCCUCGCUGAUAUUCAGUGAGCCUCUCUCUCGAGUGGGUGGAUCUGGUGGGAAAUCACACUGAGCCGCUGACCUCUCCCAGCUCACUGCUUGUUCCCCGGGGUGCAGCGGUAGUGGCAGAUCCUCAGCUGUUGUGAAUCAGGGCCGCUCCAUUGCCUUAUAGCAGCUGAAUCUGCCUGCUAAGGAACUUCUACCGUUCUGAGCCAUACAGGUCCCCUCCAGUUCCCAGAUGUGGAUCAAAGGGGCUGAAUUUGGGCACCUCUGGGACCCAGAUUGAGGUUCUGAUCCUGGAUGGAGAGGAAUGUUGGAAACUCACAGGAUCUGGCCCUCGAUUAGAUUUGAAAAGAGGAUUCGGGGCAGGGGUGGGUGUGAAAGCCACUCCUGUGCGGCGCGCCAGCCCCACACCCCUGCGCCACUGAAAUCCCACGUACAUUCCUGUGAUGAGCAGGACUCGGUAUAGAGGCGCUGGGCAGGCUCUCUGCAGAGGAGUGAAUUUCACCCGGGCCCCGCAGCAGCUAGGAGCCUAGGAAUCAGGCUGCCACUGCUGCUUUGAGGGGAGCUCUCGGAUGGGAGCGUUAGGAGGUGGCUCGUUUCUGGGCUGUUUACAAGACCCAACAAGCUGAACGAGCCCCGAAUUCUAGAAGCAAAGGAAGCGAAAUGAGCCCCCGGAGAACGAAGCAACUAAAAUGCCUCUGCCCUACUUUUAAACUGUCCCACGUGAUAAAUUGUUCCCUUAAACAUCGACUUGAUAGUAAAAGUGCAAGAAGCAGUUCAAUCCACCGGGCCAGACCUGAGCUGCUGUAAAGCAAUCCUGAAAUCCACGCGGCCUGGCCCAUUCACACCAGCUGAGGAUAAAGAUUUUUAAUUUUUCUACCUGGAUCCAGCCAAAUCAGUCUCUCCCCUCCUUGUCCUAGCAGCAUUCCCUGCAGAAGGUACCAUGGGGAAAGAAUUCAAGGGCUAAAUUCUGGGCUCAGUAACACUGGUGUAAAUCCAGAGUAACUACAGUGGAGAUAGAGCUUAGAGCCGCCCUCUCCAGUCUGACCCUGGUGUAACUCCAUUGAUCGGCAUGGAGCUGGUGUAUAAAACUGGAGUGACGCAUUGGUGAAUCUGAUCCGCUCUGCAAAUCCGGAGUAGCUCCAUUGACUUCAGUGCAGACACGCCAGGCUAGCUACUGGGCUGGAGGAUCCAGCCUGGAGCAUCAAUCCCAAGUAGCAUUGCCGACUUCAUGGCAAAUUCCAAGUCUUGUUUUGGUUUCAGUAGAGGCGUGCUAGGUACGUGCCAAGGUAACAUGGCUCUGAAUCAGGGCCAGGCUGUAAACGCAGAGCAGCUGUGUUCUCGUCAAUGCAGAAAGCUGGAAUAGCUCCGCUGGAGUCAUUCUGGAUAUACACGGGUGCUUCUGAGACCAGCAUCUGGUCUCCAGCAGUUUGGGGCCAUAUAACCAGUGUCGGGGGUUGGUUUCCUUCUGCGCCAUCCUUUUGGUAGCCUAAGUGGGCUCGUUUGGGCUUGUGUUUAAUUCAAGCCAGCUAGCGGUUUCUUCCUCCCACCAUACGCUUCCUGGUGCCCACGCCCAUCUUGAGCCCAGCAGAAACCCCACUUCCUUAUGGAGAGACAUUUUCAUUGGUGAAAAGGGCCUGCUGCACCGUGGCUGGCUUGGUCCCCAACCUUGGUUCCAGCACGGCCAUGGGAGCCCUGGAACCAUUCUCCGAUCACACACUGUCAGUAGCGGUCACAUUAAGCCUGGGAAUUCUUUACCAGGGGGGAGGGGCAGUUCAUUGUGGAGGGAAGCCCAGGCAGUGAUAAACCAGCCCUCUGUGUCUCCACCACUUCCUCUAUCUCUGUCUUCUUCCUAGAAAGUCUGAUACCAGAUAUGUAAAUAUUAAUAUAUUCUAGUUUGCUUGGA